AUUAAUUAACUGAAUCAGCACACUAUUCUAACUCUCGCUCACUCUCACCUUCUCUAAAAGUUGUCUUUACUGCAAGUGUGAUAGAUCUAAUGGCUAAUAGAACUUUGGGAUCAGUGCUAAUUGGCUGUAUCGAUGAAGAAGACUUGGAAUUCAUUAGACCGAUCUGCUCCUCUCUCCUAAAGAUAGACAUAGACCUUAUCCCUGACAUAAACUCACUGCUCACUGAAAUGGAGCAAAGACUAGAGCCAGCAAUCCUUCCAAGCGUGUGGCACUUCGUCCUUUCCUCCGUUGGCUGUGCAGAAGAGAAGCUAUCACGCCUCAACGAGUACAUCACUCAUCCGUAUAAUAUCAACGGAGACUUUGAGUUUGGGCUCAUGCUGACAAUGACCAAGACAGUCAAAAAAAUGGACACGAACACCUUCAACAAUUACAAGUCAAACGUUGGCCUGCCUAAGGCACCGUCAAAAGAAAAAUUUCUUUACAGCCUGUACAAAGAGGAUAGACUAACGAGAGAGAGUGUCCCAGAGUUGAGGGAAUGCAUAGAAACGACUGGUUGUCUCGAGUUUCAUGAGCCACUUACAGUGUUUUGUGGACAACACAGCAUACAAGUACCCGAGAUCAUUUACGUACCUGAUUCUGAUGAAGGUUCUAACGAUGGGAAUAAUAAUAGAAAGAUCAGAGCUAGGUUCAUUCUCUGUACCUGUAUCCUAAUCACCAUUAUUCUAAUAAUGGCCGCCAUUGCAUUAGUAUUUCUUUUCGUCUUCAAGAACAUUCAACAUUUUGAUGCUCAGACUAUCAGUGUGUACAAUGGCUAUGUAACCUCUAUCUACUAUGAUCAAUUUUAUGUCAAUGAAGUGAAUCUUAUUUCCAAUAGCACAGCUACAGCAAGUGUCUAUGUCGUCCCUAAGUCUCAGUUAUCAUACAUUCCUGUGGUGCUUCCUGAAAAGCAAAUAGACAAGAGAAAUUCUACUUUUUCUCAAAGGUUCGAACUGUUUUACGACCGAAGUGAAAACAAUCUUAUAUGUAAUACAGUUUGCAAAUUGAAAUUCAGAUUCGAGUUACAGCAAAACGGAGUUGUUUUAGGCUGCCCGGCACAACUUUUUUUGUAUGACAACAAAGCAGACUUAAAAAUUUUCAUAGCAAAUGAGCCUUAUGGCUCAGUUGGUGACCCUGUUGCUCAAACUGAUUGUCUUCCUAAAACAGGUGUAGUGAAUAAAACAUUCCAUCUACCUCCUAACAAACUCUAUUACAUUGGUUGGUACGUUGCUAAAAAUGUGGGCUAUACCAUCUGGCUAUCAGCUAAUCUAACAAGAAUCAAUAUCAGUGGACUGAAUGAGGACUGCAGUGUUUCCUCACAACACACUACCUGUCCAAUAACACAUACUAAGUAUCCACACAAAAAGGAGAAUAUAUCACUACUUUUUAACACCACAAGUACAACAAUGAUGGAUGUUAAUGUAACUCCUGUUUUAGUACAGUGGAAUCUCCAACGUCUAACUGGUGUAUCUGCUCCUUCUUGCAUAGGAGUAGUAGUAAUGAUGGUAGCUGUCUUUGUUUGGUUCUAUUAUUGUAUGAUAAGAACUGUUGCUUGGAAUGGAUACAUUACAAUAGCUUAAAUAUUUUUGUUCAAAUAUUUGCUGCCGCUUUUUGUAUUUUAAAAACAAAUUAAA